CCCCCAUGCAGCCCAGCCCCGGGGCCCACCCGCUGGGCACUGCCUGGCUCGGUGUCCCGGUCUGUGUGCCCGGCGUGCCCACCUGCUCGCCCCGAGCUCUGGGGCACCGAUCCCUUCUCCUUCGGCCACCGCAGCCCCUCGCUGCUGCGGGGUCUUUCAGCCAGACCUCGUCCCUGCGGCACGCCAGCCCAUGCCUGGCUGCCAGAGGGAUGCUGCUGGCAGCAGGUGGCAACUCUCGCUACAACAAGGUCAUUUGUAAAUAAUCAUUCUGAUUUUGAUGUCUUUGUAGCUGGGAUGACCAUGAGGCUGGACAGGAGCAGGUCACGCUCCCCAGGCCGUUGCAGUCCCCUUUACCUUGGUCUUCACAGUUGUCACACUCCCUGCUCUGGCUGUGGCUCCCUGGGGAAGAGGAGGAACAGCACAUGUGUCUGCCCACAUGCGUGUGCCCCCCCUUCUCGGUAUAACGGGGCUGCCACUCUGCCUGGGGUCUCCAGCUGCUCUCACAAAACAAGCAGCAGCCACCAGUUUUAAGCAGCCCCCAGCAGAAAGGGCACAGGCAGCAGCUCAGCACUUCCACUCCCUGGUUAGUUAUGGACCUGCUGGAUGCGCUCCAUCACAUCACCUCCCCUGCCCUAGCUUCUACCUUAAAAGAUCCACCAGCACCACAAAGGCAGGACCCACGGCCCACCUAUUGAUCCCCAGUCCCGGCAGAGGCAUUCCCCUAAGAAGCGAAGCCAGUGGAGAACCAGGUGCAUCAAGGGACUGGGGACACCUCACCACCAGGUUCUGCAGGACCUGCACGGGGCUGUGGGUGCAGGGCUCAUUUCUCACAGGGACCAUAGUCACCUGGCGUGGCCAAGCACUGUGGGUAUCACAGGCCUUGAAUACAGAGGCAGGUUCUGGCUCAAAAGCUCGUGUUGUAAAGAGGGCAGGGGGCAGCUUUUGUGGCUCAGGCCAUUCCCCUGCCCCUAGCAGAGCUGCUGCCCAAACAGUACUUUAACCCAGCUCUGGGUGUGUUUCUGCUUAAAUAAACACAGGAAGUUCCCCAGAACCUUCCUCCAGGUCCCCACCUGCUUGCUGGCAUGGUCUUGGGCUCCCAGUGCCACAGCAGCACCUGAAAAAUGCGAUUCCUUCAACGUCUCGUCAUCUCAGCCGCCCUGGGCAUCGCCACCUUCCUGAGCUGGAGGCUGCUUCUCCAGAGCCCGGCUGCCGGCCAAGGAGGUGACCUGGCCCCCGAGGCGGAGGAGGGUUUCACUUUGACACUGGACACCUUCUUACACGUUCAGCAGCUCAGGAAGAAGAGACUGAGAGCUUUUUGCAGCCGAUCAGGCAAAGUCACCAGGAUGCCAAGGAGCAGGGAGGAAAAAGCCUACCUGCUCUCGAGUCUGAGGGUAAGCACCAAGCUGGACCUCCUCUACUGCCAAGUGCCAUCGACAGGGAUGGAGGAAUGGCAGCAGCUUUUGGAGAAGCUAGAGGAGGAGGAGAACGUGACACUCCCAGUACCGCUUCCCUACCCUUGGCGGCACGGUCCAAAGACACAGCUGAGCCAGUUCAACCUGACGGAGAUCGAGGCCAUGUUAGGGUCUUACACCAAGGUGCUCUUUGUCAGGGACCCUUUCCAGAGGCUGAUCUCCACGUUCAUGCAAGGCUUGGGCACCAACCCUUCCUUCAGCAGCUUUGUCCAGGAUGUUUUAGACAGCGGACAGAAGAAGGCUAGAGCGGCUUGGAAACCACUGGUCAGCCUCUGCCGGCCCUGUCUGGUGCAGUAUGACUACGUGGUGGUGUUUGGCUUCCUGAGGCAGGAGCUGGCUCAUCUGCUGCGGCGGGCUGGGCUGCCCGCGGACAGCCUCCUCUCCAAGUUCACUGACACCCAAGUGCAGUGGACCUACAGCUGGUUAUCCGAGCAGAUGUUCAGCGAGCUGUCCCUCCAACAGAAGCAGCAACUGUCUCAUUUCUAUCGCGGGGAUCUUGCUGCUUUCCCAUUUCCUAGCAGUUUUCUGUCAGACCUCCUCAGCACCCCAGAGACCUGGUAGAAGUACCCCGGCUGGAGGGACUGUUUCAGAGAACGUUAAUCCAAACGCAAGUGCUUCAGGAUACCAGCUGGGUCACAGACAGACCCUUGCACCACAGCUGCAGGCAGCAUGCUUGUCCAUGUCACAGCUCCAAACAGCACAUCAGAGAGCAGGGACAGGCCACGGACAGGGAGUCAACGUUCUUCACGCAGCUGAAUUGUGUUUCAAUACAGCAAAAGCAGGCACUAGGGGAGCACAAGGCUUUGGAGCUUGGAAAACUGCGUGAGCUGAACUGUGCUGGGGUAAAGAGCUCUCGGCAAACCUGGUGGUUUGGGGUGGGGUGGAACCGCCACAGGCCACAGCAGCACUCGCACACCCUCUGCCUGUUGUACCAUUUGGCAUUCUGGGCUCCCUUUUGGGCCAAGAGGUUUGGCAAUGGCUUCUUCAUGACACCCCCCCCCCCCCCCCCAGUGCAGAUAACAAGAAGUGCUCCCGAAGGAGCAGGUCACCUGGAGCCUGUCUACUCUGUACAGGUAGGUGAGAGAGGACACAGAGUGGGACACCUACCUGGGGAACCACUGGUGAUGUUCCCAAUCCUGUCAUGCUCAGGAAGGCCAGCCCAGCCCCUCACUUGGUCUUAUUUGUUCUGUCAACGGUUCCUGUUUUAUGACCUCACAUCUGUGCGUUUAGGCUCAAGAGGGCCCCAGGGAUGCAACUUCACGCUUGCUCCCUUUGCAAGUUUUGGGUGAGGAUCCCUCCUUCACAGGGCUGACUCAGAGAGGCCAAGCCUGGCUUUCAGCUCUACUCACUAGCAACGAGACAAGGAUUCGGCAGCCUGGACCACGUAGCAGCCACACCACUUGGCCAGCCAGCCUUCCACCUGGUCCCAGCAGCUGGCAGGCCCCGUGAAGGUGCCUCAGAGCAUCAGGAUGCAUCACUGUGUGGAAAACACGAUGCAGCUCCCUGCUGCAAGCUCCUCCUGGUAGAGCAGCAUGAGGGCUGACUGCUGGCUUUCAGAGCUGGCUGCCAGCGUGGCUGGGGGACACCCUGGCUCUUCAGCUGGCUUGUGUCCCGCUGGGUAGCCCAGAGCAAUCACCUGGCCUCUGCCAGCUGUGGCCACAGAGGUGAACCACCUCGCAGCCUCUGGAAAGAGUCCGUCCUUGCCAAACACCAAGGAUGAGAUGAAGUUGUCCAGCUUUCAAAUUGUGACAGACUUUUACCAGAGCAUACCAGUUUUCAGAAUGUUUUUUAGCUUUAUUUUGCAAUGUUGUGACAUUCACAGAGAAUCCCGCAUGCAUUCAUGUGACAAAGACACAUUGAUUUGACAAUGCUCAUUAAAGAACAAUAGCAAAAGCUGUUGAUUAGAA